AACUUCAUUGUGACCACAUAUCUGUAGAAACAUUGUCACACUCUCUUCAAUGCUUACAUUUGAUGUUGGUUGUAAACCAUAAUUUAUUUGUAGUGUUUCACACAAUGUUCUGAAACAACUAAGAGACAUUCGUAAUAACUGUAGACAAACACCAUCAUCCUCUUGUAGACGACGCCAAAUAUUGUGCCAUCCCAGACCGCCAUCUGUUUGGACUGGUCCUCUUUGAAAAUAUUGAUUGUAGUAACUCAAUGCUGGUUGAAUUAUCAACUCUUCAAAUUGCUCGUUUUCCAAAUUCCAUAAUUUAAUUCUUUCCUCGUAACUUAGAAAUUGGACUCCUCGCGAUCGCAACUGGCAUAUUUGAAUAACCUAAAAUUUUGUUAACACAAGAUAAAGAAAUUUAGAUCAAAAAAAAACAUCAUAGCAUUAAUCAAUAAUACAAAAUACAUAAAAGACAUUAAAAAAAAAAACACGAAAUCAUGACUAAUAAUAAAACACAUGCCUACUAAACUAAUCUUCAUAUCCUGAAUCAUUUUGAUGAGUUUCAAUUAAAUUAGGUCCUCGUUUCCUUCCCCAAAUGUUGAAUAACCCUCCUGCUCUUCGUAUUCGUGGUAUUUGCUCUGUUGAAGAAUUAUGAACUGGUGUUUCUUCAUAAUCUUUGUGUUGAAUAUUUGGUGUGAUUUUAUCUUGAGUUUCUAGUGAAAAUCCACGUUGAACAUUUGCUGGAGGAACCCAUUGUGAGGAGUUUGGUGAAGAGCCCCAAUGUGAAAUAUUUGAUGAUGAGCCCCAUUGUUGAUCAAUUGAUAAUGUACUCCACUGUGGAGCAACUGGUGGUGAGCUCCAUUGUGGAUCAUUUGAUGGUGAACUCCAGUUUGGACCAUUUGAUGAUGAACCCCAUUGUGGCCCAGUUGCAGGUGUUCCCCAGUUUGGUGCAGGUUGUUGUGUUCUCCAUUCUGAAGCAUUUGGUGAAACGCCAUUGUCGAUCAGUUGGUGAUGACCCCAAUUGCGGACCAUUUGAUGGUGAACUCCAUUGCAAAGCAGUUGAUGAUGAACCCCAUGAGCAUUUGAUGGUGAAUUCCAUUUUGGACCAUUUGCUGAUGAACUCCAUUUCUGAGCAUUUGGUGGUGUGCUCCAUUGUUGAACACUUGGUGAUGAACUCCAUUGUGGACCAGUUGGUGGUGUACUCCAUUGUGGAGCACUUGGUGGAAUACUCCAUUGUGGAGCAUUUGGUGGUGUACCCCAUUGACCACCCAAAGUUUGACCCUACGAAUUACCACCAGAAUAUGGACUAUUGUAGUGAAAACCACCAGACAUUGGACUGCCAUAAGGAAAACAAGCAGAACUUGAACUCCCAAAAUGAUGACUCGUGUUUAAACGCUUACCCACAAGUUCGUCAUCGCGUGUAUAUCCUCAUAGAGCUUGUAAAAAUUGUACUUUAUCUUCGAAAGGUAUGUCAGCUCUAGCAAUAAAAUACUUACGCCAAAAUUCGUCUUCUCUAAAUGCCUUAAUGCAUUCUCAAUAAAAUUUUGUGUUGAUUGGAAGAUCCAUUGCUUCAAAUAUCUUCACAGCUACAUCACACUCGUCGAAAUCCUCUUGGUCAAACGGAGUUGGACGUAAACUUUGGCGUUGAAACUCUCGAAAAUCAGUCAUUGUAUCUGUUAGCGUUCUCUCAAAAGAUUGCUUUCUUCGACUUCCUCGUGAACCACUUGCAGUAGAGACACGUGAGGUUCCUGCUGAUCUUUGUGAGGUACUUCCAUGACUUCGUUGUUUUACUCUAGAAGCCGAAAUCUGGAUUGGAUCAACUGAUGGAGAAUUCAGGCGUGUAUAUUCAUGUGUAAACUCAUGUUUCAUCAUCAAUGUUCACGUAUACACCUCUUCGUUUUCUUGUGUCUCUGGAACUUGACUUUCUGGCAUUUCAUCACCAAAUGUUUCUGAGUAUAU